CAGUUGCAUAGUGGCGUUGGUGCCUCGUUAGUUUAUCGUGUCUAGUGACCCGUGUGCCUCUUCAUUUACUCGCUAGUUGUUUUCGUGAACGUUAUUGGGGAGAACGAGCAAAUAAGCAAGAAAACCCCGAGAAUUGCGAACAUCAUUGUGCAAGCAAUUGUUUUCUGAAAAGAGACGUUUUAGUUUCUGAAAAGCUCAAAACGAAGAUCAGUCGUCUUGCAAGUGGAAGAGAAAACGUGUCGUUCCGACUUUAGCUCCAGGGUUUUCUCUUUCUUUCCUUUUCUUUCUGAAAGGGAGAAAGAAAAACACUCUUUUUUCUUUUUUUAACACAUGUUUGUUAUCGACUAUCGUUGAUUGGAAAUGGCAUUUUAAAAAAAGUUUUGAUUUCAGUGUAACAUAAAAGAGCCAAGAAUACGGACAAGUGCACCACGUGAUUUGCUUUGCCUCAACAUCGAAUCAAAACAUUGACAACAUUCCCUUCUUCUCGAACCGCGCUACCAGUUGAACAUUUUGGAAUUUUCUUUCUAAUAAUAAAAAACGACCAAACAGCAGAGCAAAGGGCAAACAAAAACGUGUUUAUUUUAACGACGACCAAGAGCAAAUGGCGGCCAACGGUCGCCAUCUACUCAACGAAAACAGGAGGAAUUGGAGGCUGACAUUGUGCGGUUGAUGAACGAGCAUCUGGAAAGAGAUAGACGACCGAAAGGAGAGAGACGAGCGUGUGUGUUCUGCUUUCCAUCCUUCUACGAGAGCCUAUCACGCCGGCUGAGUUGUUACUUCGUUCGCCGUUUCGGCUGAAUUAUACAUCAUGGCUGCCGACCGCCGUUGCUCCCGCUUCUGGACAGCAUCUUUAGUCAUCGCCGGCCUUCUGGCCACUGCUGUAAGGGCUGGGACGAUGACGUCGGGAGUGUCUUUCGUCCGCUCACCUCAGCCGAUCGUGGCGCCUCCCGGCGAUCGAGUGGUCUUUGAAUGCGAGACGAAUGUUCCGCCCGAACGGGUCGUCUGGCUCCACAAUGGCGCCGAUAUGUCAGUUCAUUACAAUAACACCAACAGUGGAGCUUCUUCUUCGAAUCGCCGUAAAGGGAGGCGAGCCAUCGACGAAGAUGCCGCCUCAUUUCGAAUGCGAGAGGGUGAAGGGUCUCCCAAAUCGGCCGUUCAUCUCAUCCUCAGGAUUAGUAAGACUCCUCACCGAUAUCGACAGCAGGCUGGAGACUAUCAGUGUGUGGCUUGGUUUGGAGCUGUGGCCUUGACGUCAUUACCUGCCCGGCUAUCCAUCGCUGUGCUGGGCGAUUUCCCUCAUUUACCAUCGUCGUUUGUAGCGUCACUGGAAGCAGAGUCAGUUCAACCAUCUGGACCGGGCCGGCCGACGUUGAGAGACAAUGGCAGUGGGUUAUCGAGCAGUGGCAGCGUCUACGUGCUGGAAGUGUUUGCCGGCGAAACGGCCGUUCUUCCGUGUCCUCCACCUGCGUCUGACCCGCCCGCCACGCUCACCUUCUUCAAGGAUGGCAAGCCCGUCAUCAACAACGAUCGCGUCAGGCUGAUGGUGUCGGGUAAUUUGCAUGUCAUUAACGUCAGUUCAGCCGACCAAGGACAGUAUUCGUGUACGGCAGCCAAUCACAUCACUGGCGAGCUGAUCGACGGUCAGCGCGUUCUCAAGUUGGUCGUCAAAGGGGCUCCCGUCCGAACCAAAGCUGCCACAAUCACGUGGCAACCGCAAGAGCGUUACAUCAGCCAAAUCGGCCACAACGUGACGUUGGAAUGCGCCGUGACGGGCUGGCCUAAACCGCAGAUCCGAUGGAUGCGUGACAGUAAUCGACCACUUCCUGUCGGCCGAUCGUAUUACGUCGGGGGAGGAGCCCUGGUUGUCACCGGAUUGAUGGACCAGGACGAAGGCGGGUACACGUGCGAGGCAUCCAAUGCGGCCGGUCCGCCCCUCCGAUCGUCGACACUCUUGCAACUCACCGAACCCGUUGCAAUGAUCAAGUCGCCCAAAGAUGCCCGCGUCGAAGAGGGAGCCCAAGUCGUUUUGGCCUGUGAGGCUCGAGGACGGCCUCCACCUCAGCACUAUUGGGUCUUUAACGGCAGAGCUUUGAGCAACGAUACUCACGUCAUCAUGACAGAUCAACAGUUGACCAUCGUCAACGUCACCAAACGUCACGCUGGAAUUUUCCAGUGUUUCGUGUCCAAUUCGCUGAGCAAAGUCGAUGGCGGAGCGGCCACGCUGGAAGUGAUCCCGCGCUCUAAAGUCGCCUCGUCGCUGUCGUCCAGCUCGUCCCUGACGGCCUUUUCGGACGAAGAGGACGACGAUGAUCUCGACGUGGACGGUUUCUUCGAUCCGACCAUGACGACGCCCCCGUUAAAAGCGACGCCCGAUGCGGAGAAGAAGGGCAAAGCAAAGGGAGGCAAAAAUAGACCAAGAGAAAUGAUUCCACCAACUCGACCCAACAUCACCCGCCUGACGGAUGAGUCGGUGAUGGUUCGCUGGUCGGUUCCGCUCAACGAAGGGCUUGCCAUCGAAUUCUUCAAAGUGCAGUACAAAGAAGCGGAUAAACGAGGAUCUCGAUGGAAGACGAUCGACGAGGAUAUCCCGUCGCACAUUCGCAGCUACGAAGUGGCCGGCCUGAAGUCAGGACAGACGUACAGGUUCCGCAUAGCCGCCGUCUAUUCCAACAACGACAACAAACUGGGCCCCAAUUCCGGCCGCUUUCUCUUGGAGAAGGAAGCGCCAAAGAGAAAGCCUGGCUACAGCCCGUUGAUAGAAAUAGCCGAAGCUGUCAGUCAAUCGGCCAUCAUGAUCCAGUGGAAGUAUCCCGAAUUGGACAGCGUUCCGCUGGAGGGUUUCUUCAUUUAUUACCGGUCGACGACCAGCGCUGGGGAUUACACGAAAGUGACAGUUUUAGGCGGUAACACCCGCACUCACAUUGUAACUCAUCUGCUGCCCGAAACUCAUUACGAUCUGAAGAUGCAAUCGUUCAACAUGCAGGGCACGUCUGAAUUCAGUCGAAUUCUGACAGCCAAGACGCAGAGUUCGACCAUCUUCACGCCUUCGUCUUCCACCAAUCGACAGCACAAUGGAUUGCAUCGAGAUUCCGACACGAGCAACAGCAUCGGCCCGUUGGAUGUGGUCAGCUCAGAUACGGCCGUCACGAACGACACUCUUUACGUCGUGCUCGGCUCCGUCCUGGGUGGUCUCACCGUCCUGGUGGUCCUCUUGGUCGCCCUCUAUCACUGUCGCCAGAGGAGCGCAGAACGCGAGCAUGAUCGUUCCGUUUGGAAUGGCAAACCAAUGACGAACGAGAACGGCAACACGAUCAGCGUGUCGCCCAAUCAUCACUACGCUCACCACCAUCACCACAAUCACAAAAUGCACGGCGGAUUCGUCGACCGGCCGAUUUACGCGGCCGAUGGCCAACACGCGGACAACGACGAGACGGCGGAGACGUCGUUUUGCCAACGGACGCAGCAUCGUUCGUCUGGAGAUUUGCUCCGAUCCACCGACAGCCUGUCGCGCAGCUCGUUGAAACGCGGCGGCUACGUGCGCAACGGUUCCACGCCCAGCUUGCACCAGCAUCCGCCAAACAGGAAAGUGGUCGAUUCAAAUACUUUGCCUCUACUCAUGCAUCAUAAUAAUGGCCGUCGCGAUGCCUGCAUGGACGACGCCGAAUGGGAGGCGUCCGUCCCGCCGGCCGACAGCGAAAAAUUCAUUUAAAAACAAACACCAACACAAGGCAUUUAUUUGAGAUAGAAAGCUUUUUUUGUUUUGCUAACAGAGUUGGGGAAAGGGGGGGGGGGCACUAGCUAUUUUUAAUUGAUGCCUAUUGAAGAGUGUGCCAAUGUCUUGCAAAAAGAAUUAUUAUUUUUAUUAUUUUUUUUUAAAUCAUAAUUUUUGAGAGAGAGAAAAAGAAAACAAAACAAAAACGCAUUGCCUUUUUUUUUUUUAAGAAAUGCAUUUCGACGUAUUCGCUGCGUUAAUUUCCCAGUCCUUCCAUUGAUAAGCUCAUUACGCAAACCUGAAUAGUUUUUGUUUGUUUUUUUUUUCGUCCCCUUUUUUUUUUGGAAUUUUUUAUUUUGCCAUGAUUUAACCCCAUCAUUCUGAUUGGUCUCUUUUCAACUUAUUAUAUAAUAUUUGUAAAUAUGUAAAUGAAUGCUGCCAAUCGUUGUAUUAUUUGUAUACGGACCAACUCUCCCCUCCCCGCAUUGUUGAAGCCCAGAAAUUCUGUUUGGAAAUCAAAGAAACGAAACAUU